GGGCCGACGGGCGGCGGACUAUGAGGCGCCCACCAUGGUGCGAUGCGACCGCGGGCUGCAGAUGCUGCUGACCACGGCGGGAGCCUUCGCCGCCUUCUCGCUCAUGGCCAUCGCCAUCGGAACCGACUACUGGCUCUACUCCAGCGCGCACAUCUGCAACGGCACCAACCUGACCAUGGACGACGGGCCCCCGCCCCGCCGCGCCCGCGGCGACCUCACCCACUCGGGGCUGUGGCGGGUAUGCUGCAUCGAAGGGAUCUACAAAGGGCACUGCUUCCGGAUCAAUCACUUCCCAGAGGACAAUGAUUAUGACCACGACAGUUCAGAGUAUCUCCUUCGCAUCGUGCGUGCCUCCAGCGUCUUCCCCAUCCUCAGCACCAUCCUGCUCCUGCUCGGCGGGCUCUGCAUUGGCGCCGGGAGGUUCUACAGCCGCAAGAACAACAUUGUCCUCAGUGCAGGCAUCCUCUUCGUGGCUGCAGGCCUCAGUAACAUCAUUGGCAUCAUCGUCUACAUUUCCAGUAACACGGGCGACCCAAGCGACAAGCGCGACGAAGACAAAAAAAACCAUUACAACUACGGCUGGUCUUUUUACUUUGGAGCCCUGUCGUUCAUUGUGGCUGAGACCGUGGGCGUCCUGGCCGUGAACAUUUACAUUGAGAAAAACAAAGAGUUGAGAUUUAAGACCAGACGAGAGUUCCUUAAGGCCCCCUCCUCGUCGCCCUACGCCAGGAUGCCCAGCUACAGAUACCGGCGACGGCGCUCGCGGUCCAGCUCGAGGUCCACGGAGGCCUCGCCCUCCAGGGACGCGUCACCAGUGGGCCUGAAGAUCACCGGGGCCAUCCCCAUGGGGGAGCUGUCCAUGUACACCCUGUCCCGGGAGCCCCUCAAGGUGACCACUGCCGCCAGUUACAGCCCCGACCAGGAAGCCAGCUUCCUCCAGGUGCACGACUUCUUCCAGCAGGACCUGAAGGAAGGUUUGCACAUCAGCAUGCUGAACCGGCGGACCACUCCGGUGUGAGCGCCCCUGUCCAGCGCCGGCCUCUCCCCCAGAAUGGCUGUUUGGAUCCCACACGAGGGCACUGAACCCUUAAAAUGGACCCACAAUGGACGGAAGCCAAACCCAACCACCCUCCCGGGUCUCCAGAUGUGUCACGGGCUGGCUCGGAGCGACGUGCCAGGAGCCUGGAACCAGAAGCGGAAGGUGGACGAGCCCCCAAAAGGCUGUUUUGAUGCCCCAGGUUCCAAAAUCUUCCAGGAGGCCAAGCACACUCCUGAGGCUGCCCAGCCGUCGCCAACCUGCGUCAACAAAAUCGAGCCAUUAUUUCCUCUUGGAAACAAAUCUUGCCAGAAGAACGGGUUUUCAGGGCCCUCCCUUCCUGCCUGGGCGAUGGGCAAUCAGGGUUUUCGCCGGGCAAAUGGAGGCCUUAGGACACCGGUCAUCUGCUUUUCGACCUGAGGUUGCCGUGUCUGGGAGCUGGAAACGCGGAAGCUUAAGCCCCUGCCUCCCUAUCUGUCUGUCGGUCUGUCUGUCUCCCUGUCUGGCAGUGGCCUGUUGUUGCGAUAACAGUGAUCCUGAGGAGACAGCCCUGCAGCCAACUGGUGCUUUGGCCUUUGUGCUGUCCUGGGGCUGGCUCCCUUCGACCUGAGGAGGUUCUCGCUGGCCUGGGCGUGAGGUAAAGGCUGGAAUCUGUUGCUGGGUUUCCUGUCUGCUUCUGGAGCUUUCUUCCUCACACACAAAGGGCAGACCACACUGACUGUAAUUGAGAGUCUGGAAGAUUCCAUGGGUCGGAAGAAAGGUGGCCAUGUGGCCUCUUGCUGUGUCCUGCCCGACAGGCCUGAGUAGCCGCUCCGUCUCUCCUGGGGGAGGGGGAGGGCAGAUGCCCCCUCCCACGGGUGUUUAGCAACAGGAGCCUGAACUUCUGGGCAAGAAAGGGAGACCCAAGGGUGAACAGCCACCAAAACAAAAUCAGAGAACAAACAUCCAUUUCCUAGGUGGUUAUUCAUCAUGAUUUAUUGCAAAUAAAUGCCAGGAGAGCAA